CCAAGACUUAAAAUCUCUCACAAGUCCCCCAAUUCCCACACCAAACCCCUCGCCUCUUUUCUGGGUUUCCACUCGAUUCCAGAUUCCAAUUCCUCUUCUUUAUAAUCCCUCUGGGUUUUUGCUUCAUCUGUGUUUGCUUGGCUUAUAGGGAAAGCAUCCAACUUUGGAGACGAAUAUGAGGUAGACUUAAGUUUUCAACUGUGAUGGCUUUCCAAUAUUCAUCAACAUCAAUAGUGCCUUCAGAACCCUCCGAACAAAGAGGAUCUUAUAUGAUAGAUGCAAACAUGAACACACUUCAAGCUCCAAUGAACCAGCCAAUCCGAAGCCCUGCUGAAGGUCCGGUUGCUAUCCUAUGGGAUAUUGAAAACUGCCCUGUUCCAAGUGAUGUUCGUCCUGAAGACGUAGCUGGUAACAUCAGAAUGGCUUUGCAGGUACACCCUGUUAUAAAAGGAGCUGUUGUUACAUUUGCUGCGUAUGGGGACUUCAAUGCCUUCCCCAGGCGGCUCCGCGAGGGAUGUCAGAGAACUGGUGUUAAACUUGUUGAUGUUCCAAAUGGAAGAAAGGAUGCUGCUGACAAGGCCAUCUUGGUUGAUAUGUUCUUGUUUGCCCUUGACAAUCCUCCACCAUCUUCCAUCAUGCUGAUAUCUGGGGAUGUUGAUUUUGCUCCAGCGCUCCAUAUACUUGGCCAACGUGGGUACACUGUGAUUCUAGUGAUACCUUCUGGAGUGGGCGUUUCAUCUGCUCUCAGCAAUGCUGGUAAGUUUGUCUGGGACUGGUCUAGUGUGGCCCGUGGGGAAGGCUGUUUGCCUACAACCAAGUUUCUAAUGCAUCCUCGUGGAGGACAAGCUGAUAUUGCUGGCUAUUUCAUGGGUUGCCAUAUUAAUGAUCCUAUGGAUAACCAAACUGAAGAAGAAGCUAUUUCAUACAGAGGGAUCUCACAGAGCUAUUACAAUUCAAGAGAUUUUUCGAUUGUGUCACAAUCCAUGUCUGAAUAUAACAGUAGUUCCUUAAUGAUGCCUGGCGGUGCUUUGAGGUCACAUAGUCUCCCAUCAGGUCUCAAUGAAGUUCCUGCUGGACCUAGUACUUCUGCUGAUCAAAAUGAAUCUACUUGGUGGGUUCAACCAGGGGACUUAAAUGGUCUUAGGGGACAGAUUGAAAAGUUACUUGAACUUUCUGGAGGUUGCAUGCCUCUGACUCGAGUCCCUUCCGAGUAUCAGAAAGUUUUCGGAAGACCUCUCUAUAUAUCAGAGUAUGGUGCAUUUAAGCUUGUUAAUCUGUUUAAGAAGUUGGGUGACACGAUAGCUGUAGAUGGUAAAGGGCAGAAGAAAAUUGUCUACCUCCGAAACUGGAAUACAGGUCCUAGUGCCCCACCUUUGAUUUCAACUGGGAAGGAUAAUAGUAGGAAAGGGAAGGGGGCUCAGGAAGAGAAUAUUACUAUUAUUACAGCUAAUGGCUCAUCAGAUGAGUUCUCAGAGGAGGAAAGAUUACUUGUAGAAGAACGUGAUGAUAGGUGUCAAGGACAGACCAAUUUGAGUGCAUCAGGUAAAUGUGUAACUGAUGACCAUAACCUCGAAGACUUCAAAUAUGAGUUGCAGGAGAUUCUUGUUAGCUACUCUUGUCGGAUAUUUUUGGGUUGUUUUGAGGCGAUCUACCAGCAAAGGUACAAAAAACCCUUGGACUUUCAGAAGUUUGGUGUUGAUCAACUAGAGGAGCUGUUUGAGAAGGUGACCGAUGUGGUGGUGUUGCUUGAAGAGCCUGUUAGCAAGAGGAAGUUCCUGGCAGCAAGCGGUGGCUAAAAAUAUCGGGUUGCUGUUCUUAACGCAGUGGUCUGAUGUUCUCAAUGUAUGUUGUGCUCGCCAAAGGAAUGAGGUACGCUUAGCAAGCCUGGUGUUCCUCCCUCGCCAUUUUCAUUAUUUUAUUUAUAAAAUACAUAAAGAGAAAAAGAGACCGUAGAAAGCUGGGAGCAUGUUGUUUUUUUAUGUUUUAAUGUGUCCUGCAUAGAUUUGAUCGUACUAUUGACAUAUCUAUGCAAGACUCAUGCCCAGUUAUUUGACACACUGAUCAACUGGUUAUGAGAGAUCUAACUGUAAAUUUACU